UAAUUAUUGAUAUCCCGGAAUCAUGGAGCGAUGGUUAUAGUCAACGCGGGUUCUCUGAGUUUCUCUAAAGCGACAGCCGACGGCCGGGCGGCUGUGAGCAACCCACAAUUCCUGACGGACGGUGACGGUCGUCUCCUUCCGCCAUUUCUUUCUCCUUCUACAGCUCCAUCGUCAUCGUCAUCGUCAUCCUAAAAUGCUCUGCUCCGUCCCGACCGACCGGUCCGGCUCGAACUGGCUGGACCGCCUCCGGUCCACCAAGGGCUUCCCCGCCGGCGACGGCCUCGACCUCGAUCACUUCCUCGCCAAUCCCCAAAACCCUACCCCUCCGACUCCUCCGGCCUCCGAUCCAUCCACUUCCGAGUCGAUUCACUCGGUCCAAAGUCAAAUCACCACCCAAAACGGCGCGCACUCGGUGCGGGCUCAAAACCCUGGCGACGAGAAGGACUGGUACGGCAUUAUGACGGGCGUCCUGUCGGAGCUCUUCAUCAUGGGCGACGGCGAGGGGCAGAUUGCGAGGAAGAGCUCCAGGAAGCAGCCGAACCCUAGGUUCUUCCCCAAUUCCAGGAACUGCGACGCUAGCGCGGGGGAGAAGAUCUCCGAUUGCGCCGCGGCGGCAGCGAGAGGAGAGAAUGCGGGGUGGAGGACGCCGUCAGCAGAUUUGGAGAGCGACGCGGUGGACAGGACGGCGAGGGGAGCGGAUGUGGACGGGGAAGAGGAGGAGGAGGAGGAGAAGGAGAGCGGGGAUAAUAAGGAUUUGGUUGGGUACUCGAGGAGCGAAGUGACGGUGAUCGACACGAGCUGUGAGUUGUGGAAGUUCGAGAAGGUGUUGUACCGGAGGAAGAAUGUAUGGAAGGUCAGGGACAGGAAGGGUAAGGUGAGGAGCAGCAUUGGGAGGAAGAAGAGGAAAUUAGGGGGUGGAAGUGAGGAUGGGAAUGUGGGUGGGAAGAAGAAACUCAAAGUUUCGGGUUUUGAGGUUGAUGAAUCGAAUGAGGAACAGAAUAUAGAAAAUGGCAAAGCAGACACCUCCAAGGAGCUGGCUGAUGACCUCGAUAAAUCCUCAAAGACAAGGUUCCACCUCCAAUUUUGUGAGUCCCCCAGGAAGCGGAGGACCGGGGGCUCAUCUGUUGUACUUAUCAAGGGCAUUCCCACAGCCAAGAGUAAACUAGUUGAAGGGAAGAAGCUGAUGUCAAAAACUUAUUCCCGGGCUUUUCUAACAUCUAGGCCUUUAUAAAUUAUCUGCCCAUCUAAUUCCAAUAGAGGCAUUUCAUGGCCAUCAAGUUUCUGUGCGUCGUCCGGGUUCAGCGAGAGGUGGCGGCUGGGGCGGAUUGCACUUGCCUAAGCCCCGAC